CAGAGAAUAUAAUUUAUUCUGUGCUUGUCCGAAUACCACACGGCGUCGUCAAUGUUUAUUUUGUUUUGUAAUAUAUAAAACCGUGUAUAAAACUAUAUUUUUGUUAAAAUUUUAGCACGUAAUUAUCUUGGAAAACGGCAUGCUAUUAACUAAACGUUUGUCCGUUUCUCAAUGUUCAAGGUAAGAAAACUUUAGUUUGUUUGAGCAUGACUCUAUAUUGACAGCUUCCUAUCGAUGACAACUGUAUUUAAUGAAGAAUAAAAUAUAUUUUGAAAAUAAAUUUCAUGCGUUUAAUCCGCAAGAGCUGUAGUAGCGUAUCUGCGUGAUUUACACUGAUAACAUUAUGUGAAAAAAGACCAAAAUACAAAAACGUCACGCUAUAUGUAACUGUUGCGAAACGGAAUGAAAUCUUCAGUUCGCGAAAUCUUGCUGCGUGGGAGGUUUACUAUAAUCCUAAUCUGUUGCAGUUUAAUUCUGGCCAUAACUAGAUUUCACGAAUGGCAGAUUUCGUUUCGCAAACUGCAGUAAAUCCAAAUUUCACUUAAACUUUAAAGAGGAAAAUUUCUAGUUUUAAAAGCAUCUGUCAUCAUAUUUGUCAGGUUUUGACAGUAGUGUCACAAACUGUGACUAAGGAUGAUCAAAGAAAGUCGACUCUGUAUCUCAGGCAAUUAUAAUAACUGUUGUGGCUGAUGUAAAUAAACUUGGCAUCUGGUUUUGCAAUCUCAUAACACCCUAACAUUCACCUAACUAGUUCAGUUGACUCUCUAGUUUGGUGGCACAGUCGUCAGAGCAUUCAGUGCAAUAGACACCCUAACAUUCACCUAACUAGUUGAGUUGAUUCUCUAGUUUGGUGGCACAGUCAUCAGAGCAUUCAGUGCAAUAGACACCCUAACAUUCACCUAACCAGUUCAGUUGACUCUCUAGUUCGCCAGUUCGGUGGUAAAAUCAUCAGAGCAUUCAGUGCAAGAGACACCCUAACAUUCACCUAACUAGUUCAGUUGAUUCUCUAGUUUGGUGGCACAGUCGUCAGAGCAUUCAGUGCAAUAGACACCCUAACAUUCACCUAACUAGUUCAGUUGACUCUCUACUUUGGUGGCACAGUCAUUAGAGCAAGCGCCUUCACCUCUAGGAUUGUGGGUUGGAUUCUCACUACGGCCUCAUGUGAAAAGAUGUGUCAGUCAACGCUCUGCCAAAAGUUCUGGGUUUUUUCCAUGCACUCCGGUUUUCUCCCACAGGGAAAGUUGGUUAGGAUAAACACAGUUAAGAAAGUAAUCACAAUUGUUGUAAAGAUAAAUAGCAGAUAGAUAGAUAGAUAGAUAGAUAGAUAGAUAGAUAGAUAGAUAGAUAGAUAGAUAGAUAGAUAGAUAGUCCUGCAAAUUGUGUAUCAGAUGUACAGGGGUACAUCUUUUAAAUGGAAUUGCCCCAUUCAAAAAUAUUACUGAAGAAUUAACAACAAUUGAUAUUUGUUAGAGUGAUUUCAAGAUUAUGUCACCAUGCCUCAUCAUUGCCAGUCAAUGAACCAUCAACUGACUUCACAAAUUCAGAAAUUAGAACCAAUCUCUUAAAAGAACUUCACAAAAUUGAGAAUGAAGAAAUUGAGAUACCAUGUGUUGUUGGUGGAGAGAAAAUAUAUACUGGAAAUACUGCUUAUCAAGUCACUGUAAGUUUAUACAUUCAUUUCUGUACCACCCUGCAUGGUCUCCACAAGCAUCACCUGGAAAUUGAAGGGUAGAAUAUAUUUAAUAUAAUAUCUGCCUGUUUCCAUUAAGGAGAAUGGGAUGGGGUAACAAUUUUAGUUAAUUGCACUAUGUGUCUUAAAUAUUAUACCGGUAUUACAGUCAAACCGGAUGUUCUCUUGCGAGCAAUAUUGUCCCACAAUAUUGCCCCACAAUAUUGCAAUUUUGUCAGGGAGAUUGCUCUGAAAUUCACAAAAGAUUUGUAAACAAAGCCUCUGAUUGGACUAUAAGAAAAAGGGAAGCUCCAAUCAUAUUGCUCGAUCAGAGUAUUUGAUUGCAUGGUUUCCUUUUUGCCAAUAGUCAAAUCUUUGUGAAUUUCAACUUGUUCAACUAGUUUGUAGUCGUCCUCAGGAAUAACAUUUUAAUCGACAUUUCGACUAGUUUGUAGUCAUCCUCAGGAUUAUUAAUCCUUAAUAGGAUCACUACAAACUAGUCAGAACGUCGAUUAACAAUUAAAAUGUUAUUCAGAGUUGCUGUUAUUUUGUAACAUCAUAGUGAAUUGUACUUUAUCUGACAGCAUGUUUUUUGAAUUAAUUUUAGCCAUACAGACAUCAGAACAGGAUUGCCAAAAUUCACUUUGCUGAUGAGGUUUGUUAACCUAAAAAUUCAAUGAAAAAGAUCUCACAUGAUCAAUUAGCAUGUGGAUAUAUCUUUUACUUUUAGGCACUUGUUAACAAAGCUAUCAAUACUUCCUUGGCUGCCAGAGACAAGUGGGAAAAUAUGCCUCAGGAUGAAAGGUGACAUGAAAUUACUUUAAUUACAUCUUAAUUUUUAAUGCUAAAGAAUUUCAUUUGGCAUUUAACAAGAUGAUCUCCCCAUGUCUCAUUAAGCUGCAAUGGUCCUAAUGCCCCCUGUUUUUUCUUUUGUCUAAUGCCAGUAUUGGCCUGUUGGGCACUAUUACCUCCCAACUUAUCUAUGUAUCAUCUGUUCUUAGAUAUAUUGGAAAAUUAGUGAUGUUUAUUUUUAUAAAUAUACAACUUCUAUCUUAAAAGGUCAAAGAUUUUUACAAGAGUUGCAGAUUUAUUGACAACAAAAUAUCGAUUAUCUUCUUUGGCUGCAACAAUGGCAGGACAGGUUUGAGAUGUCUUGAGAUGUGCAUUCAGGCAUAGAAAAUAAUAUAUUCUCUUCCUGGUAGCAAAAUCCAAAAACAAAAAAUUCCUGUCUCAAAUAUAAAAUGUCCUCCAUAUAUGUACUGUAGAUUCCAGGGAAUGUAUGGUACCAACACAGUGUGAUAAAUAUCAAACUUGACACAACACAAAAACCCUUUUGUAAUAAUUAAAUUAUAUGGCAUUCCAGUAUACUCAAUGAUAAAAAUUUCCUGUUACAAUUUCCUGGCAGCGGUGCUGCUGGCGCUACCUGACAUUUUCUAGCACUGUGUGCAUUUUUCAAGUCUCGGAUGGUAUAAAUUUAUGACAUAGCUUGCAAUAAAGUAUUUAUAGCUGGGUUUCAGACACAUGAUAUGUUUGGUGGUCAAUGGAAACACAUUUAUCGGAUUGUCAGUUAACUGUUCAUUACAGUAUAAGUAUACUGAUCUUGUGUUUGGUAUCAAAUAUACGCAAUUUAAAGAAAUGUACUUGCUUAAAGCGGCAAUAUGUGUAAACCACUGAGUGUUUCCUAAAUGUACAAGACUUGAGUGAAACCCACCUACUCUAUGUUUUUCAGAGCAAGGUUGCAAUUCAGGCAGAUAUUGACUGUGUUGGAGAGUUGGCUGAUUUUUUAAGGUUCAACUCCCAUUUUGCCAAGGUACAGUAAUCAUGCUCCAUACUGAAAUAUGACUGAAAUAUGACUGAAAUAUGCCAGUCAGGUUUUAUUUAGCUCUCCAUCUGCCCCUGUACAAUAUUCUUCAAAACUUCCAGCGCUUUUAAGAGAUGAGCUAGAUAGGCCUCAGUCACUCAGGCUAUUAAGCUAACAUUGGACACUUACAGUAAUACAGUCUCAUACAUUGUAUUUUGUAUUAGGGAAUUUUGGACCAAAUUGAAAUUAUUCAAACAGAAGGAGUUAGAAACAGUAUUAUGCCCAGAGGUUUAGAGGUAAAGUUGUUUUCAAAAACUUAUAUAACACUCCAGGUCAUAUUUAGAGUUCUUAUGAAGAAAAUUCUAAUUCUGCUUGGUUAACUUUUCAAAGGGAUUUAUUGUAGCAAUUAGUCCAUUCAACUUCACUGCUAUUGGUGGUAACCUGGCAACAGGUCCUGCAAUACUUGGCAAUGUAGUCCUUUGGAAACCAGCUCUGACCACAACAAGAGCAUCAUGGAUGUUUUAUCAAAUAUUAGUGGAAGCUGGUGUACCCCAAGGUACUGAAUAAAUGGGAAAGAGAUUGACGUACUGUAGGAAGGGGUCGAAACUUACAUUUGUUACAUUUAAAUUUUAAAAUUUGCUAUUUAUUCUCAUGGUUCACUAUUCCUACACCAGCAAUCGGGCUGUUAUUGACGGGACUUGCUUAAGCUCUUUGAUGUUUGUGACGUACGCGUGAAAACCGCCCCUGAACAAAAGAUGGACAAACAUUCAGCAAACACUUGUGCAAGUUUUUAUCAGGGUUUUAUUUACCACAAAUCUAACAAAUGUAUUCAUCUGUUAUGCGUUAUUAUCUUAUUACUUUAAGCAAAGAAGUUUUUUGCUGUUUUAAUGAAUUUGUUAUCAACAUGAUUUUUGCGAUAUUACCAAGUUCACUUUCAAUAACCAACUGAUACUGGCCAACCACAUUUCUUUUGUAUUACUGUAAGGAACACCGCGAGACAUUUACUUUUACGUCACUACGGAAUGUAGAUUGGGAAAUCAUGUAACAAUGAUUGUUAUUUUUCUUAAGGUGUGAUCAACUUUCUUCCAUCACCUGGCGCGAUGUUUGGGAAAACAGUGACGUCAUCUCCUGAUUUAGCAGGUUUAACAUUUGUUGGAAGUGGACCGUAAGUACAGUAACUAGCUGUUUUUGUUGUUGAAAAAUAUUCAUUUAUAUUAGGGAAAAAUAAUGAUUAAUGAUAUUAAUUACUUUCAGAACCUUCAAGAGUUUGUGGAAACAAAUUGGAAAUAACAUUGAUAUAUUUAAGUAAGUUUAGAAAACAGCAAAUCUUGUCUUCCAGAUUAGCUGGAGCUAUGACUUGGAAACUUGGAAUGAUUUGGAAACUCGAGCAAUGUUUUUUGUCUCUGUUUUCUCCAUCUGGGUAUUGUGUUGUAAUCAACCAUCAGCAAGGUUUAAUUACCAAACGCCUGUGAUGAAUUACAUGCAAAACAUUGCUUUGGGUUGACUUUGUGAAAACACAAUACACGUCAUUGGCGCGAUGACAAUAUUUUCAUUAAACCUAAAAAGAGAUUGUGUUGUGAGUUUCUCAAGUUUCCUAUGUCUGUUUACUGUAUUUGACUUUACUACCAAACAGUUGUAUGCCUGAAACUUUUCUAUAAACUUUUCUAAUUUUAUAGAACAUUUCCACGACUUUCUGGAGGUGAGUUAUUUGCCCGUUGAUGCAGUUUUCAUUUUACAUAAAUAACUUUUCCGUAAUACUAAUCACCGUUAAAGACAAGAAAUGCAUCUCAUUUCCCAUGCAACUUGUGACCAUUUACACUUACGAUAUCAACUUUAGCUACCACCCUGAUAUUUUUCAAGUAGUUUGAUUCGGUAAUCGAUCAAAUAUAUCACUUAUAAGAUCGCACUUAUAACAUUCAUCAAAUUAGAUCAAAAAGCUUACAUUGCGCACGGCCGCAUGCAUGAUUGUUGUGUUUGUACAGGUUUAAUUAUCUUCUUUUUCUACGUACAGAGUGUGGAGGAAAAAAUUUCCACUUUGUGCACGAGACGGCAGAUAUAGGUAAGAUGAUUGUUCCUGGACUGUAUUAACUUGAGCUAACCAACUUAUUAUUUUUCUUGGCGUAACCACCGCGAUCGUAUUAAAAUAACGCUGGGUCAAUAUGAAUAUAAAACUUUUUGUGUAUGUUUGUUGUGUUGAGUGUGCAUCCACACCGGGUAAAUUUUGCCCGGUGUGGAGGCACAUUUAUAGUAACACACCAACAUCAUAUUCACUUGAGUACAUAACAUCAACACACACAAAAAGUAUCAUAUCUUGGAAUAUAUUGAUAUCGAAGGAAGUAUAUAGACGAAAUAUCACCAACACGAAGUCUCCAACCGACUUACCUCGUAGCUCAGUAGUUUGUAGAGCAUUGGACUAGUAUCCCAAAGGUUGCGGGUUCGAUUGGUCAAACUUGUCAACUUGCCCGGUGUGGAUGUGGAGUCUGUAACACCACCAACAUGAAUAUAAAACUUUGUUAAGAAUUUCUCGACAGCCAAAGAUCCUUCGACUUCCUCGGGAAAGAUAAGACCUUCACUCAAAACGAGAAUUACAUCUGUGUUCUGUUCAGAUUGAGUGCAGCCUCAACCCAAAUUUUUUAAAAGAUUGACUGGCUGUCAAAAAGGUUUAUAUGGCAGCGCUGUGAUCAACGCGGCAUGCACAGACCUCCACAAUUUCAUAAUAAAAUCUUAUAGAUUUGGUUGUAAAUUGUACAAUGAGAGCAGCGUUUGAAUAUUGUGGUCAGAAGUGUUCGGCUGUGGGAAGAAUGUAUGUUCCUGAUACACUUUGGCCACAGGUAUGUUUAUACAGUGUAAUGAAGCAUGGGACAUACUAUAUGGCAAUAUUUUGUUAGCCUUGCUUGCAAGGUAACACAAGUGAUGUAUUCAUACCAUCUUAAAAACAAAUCUUUUGUUUCAGAUCAAAGAAAAGUUGCUGGAAGCCCAUAAAGAAAUAAAGAUGGGUGAGGUAAAACGUUUUAUGUCGGAGGAUAAUUUGAUAUAAAACGUUAUAUUCAGGAGGAUAAUUUAAUAAUAAAUAUUGGUCCUGCAUCAGGUAAAAAGACAACAUCCUUGAAAUGUAGUGUAGAUGUUCCACGGUACACUAUUUUCAAAUCCAACGUGUUGUUAUUGUUGCAUUUUCUAUAUAGCCUUCCGAGUUCUCAAACUUUUUAUCAGCUGUUAUCGACGAAAAGGUAUUGUAGUUUAUACAUUUUCUCUGAUUUUCGGUUCUUAUUGCAUAAUAUGUGGAAGUUCUGUGUUUAUUUUUGCAGGCAUUCGAAUCGAUUAAAGAGUUUAUAGAUUAUGCAAAAGAGAGUGAUGACGUCACAAUACUUGCUGGUGGGAACUGCGACAAAAGGUUGAACAAUAAUUUGUGUUUGCUUGAUCACACGUGGUUGUCGUCAUCAGGUCGUUCUCGGCGAUAUGAAAUAGUCUAGGUCUAUUUUGUACUUUGUGUGCUGUACGCCAAUCACUGGCAGUUGCGAUAUAUCGAGAUUAUUUUACAUCGAGAUUAUUUGACAUCGGUCACCUUCAUAUCGCCACUUAUCAACUAGUAACACUGCUAUUUUUUGUAGUGUUGGAUAUUACAUUGAACCAACAAUUGCUGAAACAAGAGAUCCUCGCAACAAGUUGAUGGAGGAGGUAAAGUAAUUGAUUUUUUUGUUACUUUGUUGUUAUUGCUCCAAAAUUACAUUUUCAAAACUCUAUAUUCAGGAAGUCUUUGGACCAGUCCUUCCAAUCUUUGUAUAUCCUGCCAAAGAAUAUAAAGAAACUUUAAAAUUGGUAAGUAUGUUUCUCUGAUUAUGCAACUAUAACUUGCAUGUACGUACUAGCUAUACUACUAAAGUUUAUAUUCGAGUGACAAUUUAGUUGAAUUUAUUAUGCAGUAUUUUCCGUUUAAGAUAUAGCAUGAGUUCUAUUUAUUUUCUGUUAGGUGGAUGAAACUUCGGGUUUUGGUUUAACUGGUGCAGUAUUCAGUAAAGAUAAGUAAGACGUGUAAUAUUUAGACAUGCCAGGAUUUAACAGCAAAUUCAACACUCAAUUUGGCCUUCGUGAUUAUAGCAUUACAAUUACUGUUGUAAAACCAACAAACUUCAUUUACGAGUGUGAGGGUUUUGGUACAAGUUAUCCACUCUUACAAAUUUUAAGCUAUUCUAUAUUUGUAUUUUCAAACUUUGAUUAUUAAUCAUUGACUUGAUUUCGCCUGAGAAGUUCGCAGUGGUGUCAAGUAACGAAGUAAAUGUACUUCGUUACUGUACUUGAGUACUAUUUUUGAGAAGUCAGCAUGUGGCAAAGUAAACUUUUUGUGGGGUAAUUUUACUUGGAACGACGUCAUUUUAAGACGUAACGUUUUACUUCGUUAUUUUCAUUUUGUUGCAAGUAUUUCGUUACUUUCUAACUUUUGUUUUAAUUUUACGUGAUUUAUUUCUGAUUUAUUUCAAUUUUGGGAUAGCUAAUAGGAGCUCCACAUGCGUAUGGGAUCUCCCGUUCGUGGCUUCAUUAUAAGCAUUAUUUAUUUAAUGGAUUUCUUAUAUCCUCAACGGGGUCUGGAAAGUAGACCAUGCCGUGAAAUAUUGUAUAUAUAUUAGGUGCACGCGUAUAAUGCGUCUACUGUUUUUGUCUUUUGUAUGUCAAUCCAUUGGAGAAGUACCCCCCCUCCCCUCAUACACGCCACAGACCAUAAUACUUUUACCUUUUUUACUUCAAGUAUUUUUUAAGGAUACUUUGUACUUUUUACUUAAGUACGUUUUGCCUCCAGUACUUUUUACUCUUAAUCAAGUCGUUUUAUUGUUAAUUACUUCUACUUUUACUCGAGUACAAAUUCAAAAUAAUUUAGGCGCCACUGGAAGUUCGUCAUGUAUAAAUACUGAUGCAAUCUUCCAACCCUAAUGCUACGUUUACACACAAUGAUUAAUCGGGCCGAUAUCAGGUUUUGCCGAAUGUUAGUGACAAAUGUUAUCAGUUAACGAUGUUGUCAGAUGACGUUGACAGCGUAUUUUUCAAAUAUCAUUUAAUUAAAGCUGAAUCGGCCCGAUUAAUCGUUGUGUGUAACGUACUUUAAGCAAACUAAACGGUGAUAUUUGGGUAAUGUUAUAUAGCAAAGUAAUAGCUGAAGCUCGAAACAUUUUGAAGCAAGCCGCUGGCAACUUUUACAUUAAUGACAAAGCAACUGGGUCAGUUGUUGCACAACAGCCUUUUGGUGGGAGCAGGAUGUCAGGUUUGUGGCUCUUGCUCAUUUUUAAAUGUGUACAACGACAUUGUUUAAUACAUACUUUUAUCGUGUAGGUACCAAUGACAAACCAGGGUGUUAUCUAAAUAUAUUACCUUGGAUGUCACCAUUGUCGAUCAAGGAAAACCAAUUACCUGUGUCAGACUGGAAAUAUGAAUACAUGAAAUAAGGUAAUCUGCAAGUGCAUUAAAGAUUAUGUAGCUUUUUUAGCAUCAACUUAUUGUCCUUGAUAUAAUGUGUGUUAAACUGUUGUUUUCUGCUUGCCUUUGUUGGAUCUGUAAGUACUUAUCGAAAACGGGGAUGGUUAGUGCGUGGCGGUGCUCGAAUUUCAGUGCGUGGCUUAAAGAUAUCCAUAAAACAAAGACUGAGAUUUAAUCUCGGUAGAAACGUGACCCAUGCACUUUCUUGGAUGAAGCAAGGAAGGAAAACCUGAAGUGGAAUUAAGACACGAGGAUGAAAGUAGCGUAGACGUCUAAACUGUAUGUUAAGCUACGCAUGGUGAGCAACAACAAAAAUGUGCUCAUCUAUAAUCUGCCCCUCCCGGUAACAGGCUAGCUAUUUCUCCCUCCACCAGUGUGUGAGAAAAUAUUUUCCGCGUCUUUCAUUCAGGACUCAGAUGUCAGAACGGUAUAAUUGAUUGCCAUUAACAUGGAUGUAUUUGUUCAGUUAUGUGUAUUAAACUCGUGUUUUUGUUUCAGAAAUACAAUUCAAGCAAAUAUCCAACUUCCGAUGGAGAAAGACAUUCAAUAUAAUUAUAAACGGUUAAUAAGGAAACUAUUAUAAGAUAUUUACAAUAUUUCAAUGUGUAAUAAAUAUAACAAAACUUUUUCCAAAACC